GCGCCGCUGUGGGCGCGGGCGGCGGCAGCAUGGAGGAGCUGAGCAGCGUCGGCGAGCAGGUCUUCGCCGCCGAGUGCAUCCUGAGCAAGCGGCUGCGCAAGGGGAAGCUCGAGUACCUGGUGAAGUGGCGCGGCUGGUCCUCCAAACACAACAGCUGGGAGCCAGAGGAGAAUAUCCUGGACCCGAGGCUGCUCCUGGCCUUCCAGAAGAAGGAGCACGAGAAGGAGGUGCAGAAUCGGAAGAGAGGCAAGCGGCCACGGGGCCGGCCCAGAAAACACACCAUGAUGUCUUCUUGUAGCCGGCGCUCCAGGCUCAAGGAACCUGACGCUCCUUCCAAAUCCAAAUCCAGCAGCUCUUCUUCUUCCUCCACGUCUUCCUCUUCCUCCUCUGAUGAAGAGGAUGACAGCGACCUAGAGACCAAGAGAGGCCCCCGGGGCCGUGAGACCCACCCGGUGCCCCAGAAGAAGGCUCAGAUUUUGGUGGCCAAGCCAGAGCUGAAGGACCCCAUCCGCAAAAAGCGUGGCCGCAAGCCGUUGCCCCCGGAGCAGAAGGCUGCCAGGCGGCCCAUGAGCCUGGCCAAAGUGCUGAAAACCGCCCGCAAGGACCUGGGUGCGCCCACCAGCAAGCUGCCCCCUCCACUCAGCGCCCCAGUGGCAGGUCUGGCAGCCCUGAAGGCCCACGCCAAGGAGGCCUGUGGCGGCCCCAGCAGCGCGGCCAGCACGGAGAGCCUGGCCAGCCUGAUGAAGGGCGUGGCAGGCAGCCCCAGCCGUGGCGGCAUCAGCUGGCAGGGCUCCAUCGUCCACUACAUGAGCCGCAUGACUCACAGCCAAGCCGAGGCUGCCAGCCGGCUGGCGCUAAAGGCCCAGGCGACCAGCAAGUGCAGCCUCGGGCUUGACCUGAAGGUGAGGACGCCGAAGGGGGAGCUGGGGGUCAGCCCCCCAGGAAGCAAAGUUCCGAAAGCCCCUGGCAGUGGGGCUCCAGAGCAGAAGGGGGGGAGUGCAGGGGGAGCCCCACACAUCCAGGGUGGCAGCAAGAUCCCUGCGGGCUGCCUAGGCCCCCAGCCCACACCCAGCCAGGAGCUGAGCCUCCAGGUCUUGGACCUUCAGAGCGUCAAGAAUGGCACCGCAGGGGUUGGCAUGCUCGCACGCCAUGCCACAACCAGGGGCAUCCCUGCCACCCACCUGGCCACAGGGAAGGGCCCUGGGGGUGGCCCCACUGGGGGGAGCGGGUCCUGCGCACCCUCCAAUCCCAGUAAAAGUGAGAAGUUGGCCUUGCCGGCGGCAGCCGUGCCCGCCCCCUCAGGCAAACGAGACUGUGGCAAGGGCACUGGGCCCCUGGGCGGGCAGGAGGGCCGCACAGCCUCGGGGGAUACCCGCAAGGCGCCAGCACUGUCUGAGAUGAGCACGGGUGAGGAGAACAGCAGCUCCGACUCAGAUCCCGAUUCGGCCCUGCUUCCGGGCUCUGGGCAGAACCUGUCUGUCUCGGUACAGACCAGCCAGGACUGGAAGCCGCCCCGAAGCCUCAUCGAACAUGUCUUUGUCACCGACGUCACUGCCAACCUCAUCACAGUCACAGUGAAGGAGUCCCCCACCAGUGUGGGCUUUUUCAACCUGAGACCUUACUGAAGCCCCUCCCUGUGGCCCCUUCACCCGCCCAGCUGUUGUGGGGUCGUAUUACCCACUUUUCCCACUUGGCCCAAACCCUGCUUGGGGCUGGGUUGGGGUGAGAAUGCGAGUAGUCUUUAGGGCAGGCUUGACAGGGCUUCUCCCUUUCAUACCCAGAACUUGCCCUGUGCUAUGACUUAGGGCAGAGAACUGUCCCUUCACGCCUGGCUAGGCCAGGCUUCCUAUGUUCCUACCUCCCUAGGCCUUUGCAGGGCUUUCCCAAUUCACCUCAGGAAAUUUGGGUGGCCCCCUGUGGCUCAAGCCGACCACUCUGGCCAAGAGAAGGUUAAGCCCCUCCAGCCUGUGCUUGUGUUCGAACUGCCUCUCCUGGCCUGCGAUGAUAGAGCCAAAGCUGCAGUGAAGGUCCCUUCCAGUUUUCCAGGGGCAAAGGUGGUAGGGGAGGGGGCUUCUAGUCCAGUUUGGCCGUUCCUGCCCAGAGGAGGGGGGAGGACAGCUUGUCAAGGUGUCCUGGGCUGCUCAAGGGCGGGCUGACUAGUGCCCACUUGAGAACAUGGGGUGGAACAGGGAAGAUUCCGGAACUUGCCCUUAUAAAAGUAGUGCUUGAGUCCCAGAGGGUGAGGUGGGAAGUUUGGUGUCCCUGUCCCCACCCCUGCCAGCUGAGGGUUGUGGCAUUUGUCCAGGGGGUGCUCGGGAACCCUAAAAAGGAAGGCUUUAGCUCCAUCCAGCCCUUGGGUUAGUUGCCGUCAAGUUGGUUCUGACUCACGGCAGCCCCCAUGUGUUUGAGUAGAGCUGCUUCAUAGGGUUUUCAGGUUCUGCAGCCCUCAGCUCAAAGGUUCAGCGUGAGGUUGGGGCGGGGCUGGCUCUGGAGGUUCCUUCCCCCUGAGCAGUCCUCCAGGUUUGGGGAGCAGGGCAUCACCCCUGCUGUCUUCUCUGUUGGCCUAUGUCCAGACCCCACACCCGCAUCCAGAGUGCAUCCACCCAGUUUCUGAACAACUACAGCUUCUCAAAGUCUUAGGGAAUGAGGAGCCGGCGGAGAAAACGGAUGCGCCAGGCCCAGAAUUAGUGGCUGAUGAAGAGAAACCGGAAAUGAAGGUGCUCAGGAGGAGGGGGAUGUGUUCUGGGACGGGGCCCUUGGCAAGCCCCCUCUUCCAGAGCUGUACCCCAUGGGACAAAGGGUUGCCAGUCUUUGGUAGACUGCCUCGCAGAAGGCACCCCCACCUGAUCAUCAGCGCUCGCUUGCAGCUGUGUGCAGUGCCGCCUGUCCACCACACAGGGCCACUGCUUGGGUGCCAGCUUUCCCUGACAAUCCACCCCACAUUUGGGGGUUCCACCCCCAGCUCCUGUGCCCUCUUGGGGAGCAGGAAAAGUCUGAGUGGCCCCCUGGCAGUGGGCAGGGUGGGACAGCCACCUGAUCCCCCAUCCCUCCCCUCCUGGAGGAAGAUAAUGCUGAAGAUGCUGAGCCCUUUCCUCUUCCAGUGGCAGGUUUUGGGGGCCCUCUGUGAUUCCUGACCAGUGUUUUGGGGUAGGGGUGUGGGACUAGCCAGUGGGCCCCACAGAAAAUAACAGGUUGCUUAACUUCGUCUGGCAGAGGUAAUGCCAGAAAGAAAAGGGGGGCUAUCUACCUGUUUCUGUUUUGGUUAUUGGUUAAAGUCAGUGGCCUCGGCUAUGAGGAUGGGCUGGGCCAAUGGCCCACCCUUCAAUAAACUAGCCUGGACUCAGGGCUCUGGUACCUGGAGGGGUGGGCCUGGCAGCCCCCCAGCACCUCACCCUCCACACCAAAUAGGAAGAGAUGGCCUUUGUGUAGCCAAAUUAACUUCAGCAGUGUGCCUUUGGGGGCAGGCCAAUUCCCGCUGCUGUUGAGAGAUUGUGGGAAGGACCGCCCAGACAGCCACCCGCACAGGCUUCAGCAGGCAUGGUUCCCACCUUGGUGGGGGUCUGGGUCUCACAACAGGCUGGAGUUGGGAUGGUCCAGGAAGGGAAGAUGGCAGUGUACUGCACAGCCUGGGAGGAAUGGGUCCUCACUGGGCCUGGGCCACUGGCACCUACCUUCCCUCCUGCCCCUCAGACAGAGCCAGUCCUCCCCCCUUCCCCGGUGGGACUAAAGGGGCUUCUCUGGGAUGUCCCCUUCUCAAAGAAUCAGACUUUCCUGAUAAUGGUCCGCUUUGGGAGGGGCCGGGCCAAGGUUAGCUCUUCCCUCCAAGCCCUUGGGUUGGCCCAGAGGUGCUAAGGGCUGUUAGAAAUGGGGUUAUCUACUCCUGGGUGUGGGGAGGGGCUGUCUCCUGCAUCUAGGUCUUCACUCCAAACCCCAAUUUGGUGCCUUUCUGUUUACCAGCUACUUCAAUUCCAAAGUUUGAAUCUGCAACCACCUUACUUCCAGCCACUUUGCCUUGAUGUGUUGUGUGUGUUUAUUGGUGUUUGUGAUUCCCGGCAGCUCAUGCUGGAAAAAGUGUGCGUGUGUGCAGGUGUGAGAGCCUUUGCUGAACAAUUGGACCAGGUGCUCAGAGUCGGUCGCCUUAUGUUUACCAAUAAAUAAAAAUAGUAUGUGUUAUAUUUUUAUUUGCUGCUAUUUGCGUGUGUGUAGCUAGCCAUUGAUCACACGUCUGACUUAGAAUCCAUUGUUUCUUUAUUCUUAAGGGUUUCCUAAGUGAGCUGUCCCACAGUGUGUGUAUAUUGAAGGGGUGUCUGAAUCCUGCCUUUUUGUUUGCCUCUGUAUUGGGUGGGAAGAUGCAGCCAGCCUCUCCUCUUCCGAGGAGGUCUUAGCAUAUUUUCAUAUACAUUUUUUGUACCAAAAAGAGUGUUCUUUUUUUUUUGGUUGCAUCUGAUUCUGACCUGACUGGAGAAGACCCUGGGCCUGGGGUUUCAUUAGUGGAGAACUUUUUCGGGGCAGAGUGGAGGACAGCUUUGGACCAGUGCCCAUUGCUGGCUUGAUUUGUGUGUUUUAAUUAAGAAAAAGCCAAAUCCUUCAUGUAUGCCACUUCUACUUGCUUGAAACUAUGGCUGUUUGUUUGCUUUCUUAAGAAAAAGGACAAAAGUGGUUGUGUUAGUGCCCAGGGAAAGUUUAAGAUCUUUGCCGGAACAGGACAGCAGCCCAGCCCAAAGGUUCAAUCAAGACCAACCCAUCAAAGGAAGUGCCUCCCCCAGGAAGCCCACCGCGGUUGGGGGAGGAGGGGAACAGUUGUGCCUGGGUGACCAGAUUUCCCUCCAGUCCAUCUCAUGAUUCUAGAUUUUCUAGUAUUUUGGAAAAACUAACACUAGCAUAGGUGCAGACUUUAGACUGAGGCUAAUUUAUUUUGCGGGGGAAGACAUUAGCAAACGGUCUCAGAAGAUUCUUGUCUUUUUGUUAACUCUUAGUAUAUCAAUAAAUAUUUUUUUAAACUUUACAGCCUGUGUGCGUCAUGAGUGACAACCUGAAAGCACAACACUGUCUCUUUCUUGAGGCAAAAUACAUACCUAGACCUGGGCUAAAU